AUGAGCGGAUCACAGCGUCGCUCUGGCGGUAGCUCCAACGGGCCAGGCCGUAACGGCGGUGGCAGUCGUAGCAGCAGUUCUCGUGGUCACUCAUACGCAAACUCUACCUCCGGAGGAGGCGCACCUACUCCAUCAACACAAAACAACGGCUACGAUCCACGAAAUGAUUCCGUAUACGCACAAGUGCAACGAUCAUCAUGGCCCUACCACGCGUACGCCAACGGCGCGACAGACAACCAAGCCCAAUCCACCGCACCUCGCUCUCCAAGACGUCAAGUUCAAGGACCUCGCGCCUCCAACGGUCCAUAUCAGUUCGAGACAGAUCACUCUUCCUCUCAUUUGCGCGUCCAACGUUACCAAAUGUCCGAGAGUGACUUCCACUCAUCGCCGCCACCUCACGCGUCCUCGUCGGCGGAGCGCCGUGCGCAGCCGGAUCCGUACCAGCCUCCCAUUGGUGGUAAUCCUUCCGCUUCAACUGCGCCCCAACGCUCCGGGCCCUACGACGCCGUCGGCUACAUCAGACGUGACGGUGCGGUGUUCGAUCGGGAUGAAGUGUAUGAGGAGUAUAGGCCGUACGACCCAUACGCUCAUCAACAUGGACAACAACGAUUUAACGGAAGCAACUGA